AUGUCUCGCCGUCGUGCUUCUCACAGCGAAUCAUUGGGUCUCUCAUCUACUAUGAACGAAGCUCUUGCCUAUCCUUUCUCCGGGAUGCAGCAAAGCAAUGCUCCACAGCGACGCGGCCCGAUCGAAGGGCCCAACGGUCGACGCUUGAUUCGUAGGGUCACCUGGCGAUCCUCCACGUACAAGUUGAUGGCUUGUCUGUGGGUGUUGGGUGUCUUUUAUAUCGUCUGGCUGAUCCGGGAUGUCUUCUACUACCCCUUCUACGCCUCCUCCAGACAGCCUGUUACCUCCAAAGACGCGAAUGAUUUGCUGGCUCCCUAUGUGGGUCGUCAAGAGUGCGACAUUUCUUCCCUGUCCCUCUUCAGCCCCCCUCAACCCGGUGAUGGCGAACGUGCUCCAGGCAAUCCAUACUGCCAAUCUCGUGAUGCCCUGCUCAACGCCAUGAGCAAUGGUGGGCGUCACGGCUUUGACGCUGCGUAUACCUCUCAAGGCAAGUGCCACAUCGAUUGUUUCGCUCCUCGAUGCUCUUAUCGUUGGUUCACUAGCGCCGAAGUGUGCGACAUUCUUCGGAAAUUCGAUGGAAUCGUCUUCGUGGGUGAUGAUACCUUGGCCGAUACUUAUGCAGGGUUCAACAUUCUCCUGCGGGAGGACCUGGCCACUGGAUCCCUGCGAGAGUGGGAGAUAAGCAAAGGACAUGGUCACGAUUGCCGAUGUGAAUCCCAGUUCACCAGUAGCUUGUGCCUACCCCUGCGGAUCACUUCAAGUGACGAGGUAUACGCGCAAGAAGGCAGCAGUGCCACUCGCAGGCCUUACACUUGUUCAUCUCGUAUUCCUCAUGCCUUCCUCGCUACAUCCAGCUCACCUGCCCCAAGGGGUGUGAUUGAAAAAUUUCGUCGAAUGGUCGCCCGAGGAGUCGGCCGAAACAGACCCGUUCCCGUGAUCCUGAGUCUUUCCCUUUCCACAUCCUAUUCCUUGUCUACAGCUAAAAGCAGCAUGGAUGAAUGGCUCACGCUGGCCCAGGCCAGUGGACGGAACACUCCUUUUCUCUGGGUAGGUCCGACAGCUCCUGGGCUUCAAAAGGACUCGAGGGACAACAUCCACGCUUCCAGCUGGCAGUACUCCCAAGACGCCGCCCAAGAAGCCCGCAACAGAGGCUUGGAUGCCCUGGGUAUGUACAAUGCGACCCUUCAAGCAGAUAGCUGGGAUGGUAAGCACUACGGAGAGAAGGUGGCUUUGAUACAGGCGAUGAUGGUUGUCAACUGGCUGGCUGCGCUUUGA